GUCCCCGACAUUUACACAUAUGGCCAGCAGACGUCUAAAGCAUGUCCUAAACGGCCUGGCACCUCAGCCGCAGUCACUGGGUGUGUUGAAGCUCGGAAAUAUAUCACACGACAUCCUCGCGGCGUCCGACCCCAGCCGUCUACCCCAUAGCGAAGACGUCCUACUAGAUCCCUCCGACCCAUUCAAUCUCGAUAACCUACACUUCCUACUACAGAAGUACUUGCUUGGACAGGACAUAUUCUUGCUCUCGCAGCCUGGUCCGUAUGCGCGCCGCCUGGCGUUGACCUUUUGCCGUCUCAUCAACUCAGAAUAUGAGUUUGUUGCUCUUCACCGUGACAUUGGAGAGACGGAGUUGAAACAAGGGAGAGAGAUUCGCGCUGGUGGGAACUUGGUCUACGUUGACAGCGCUGCAGUUCGUGCUGUGAAGAAUGGCCGCGUGCUUAUACUAGAAGGGAUUGAGAAGGCUGAGCGUGGCAUCAUGCCUGUUCUCAAUAACCUUUUGGAGAACAGGGAGAUGAACCUCGACGAUGGGACGCACAUUGUUCACCCGCACCGACACGCGCUCCUCGACUCCGCUGAGACGGAAUAUAGUACGUUCAUACCGGCGCACAAGAACUUCCGCGUCAUUGCAAUAUCCGCGCCCGUUCCCCCAUAUCCCGGUUACCCUCUCGAUCCUCCCUUCCGAAGCCGCUUCCAAGCACGCUUCGUCGACCCGAUGGGUGCACUACUCGCUCUCCCACAGAUGGGCGAACCAGUCGCCCAGUCUGUGUUUACCCUGCCACUGUAUCAGAAGACACGGGACAUCAUCGCGUCAACGCAGAUCGCUAGCGAGUCUCGUCAUUCCCUCGACACUAUCGCGCGGUCUUCUCUCCCUGCCUUUCCGCAGACAGCCCUUGCCAAGGUGACAGCGCUGCUAUCACUCUUCCCUCCCCCAGACACGCUAUCUCCGGAGCAACUCGCCCGCUUCGUGCUCUCCAUUCACCCUGCUCUGAUCCACAGCCCGUUCGUUGCGUGGGCGAUGCUCUCCCGGCAAUUCGAGGCAGCAGGGCUCGGCGAGCUGGGCAGCCCGAACCUGACAGGGACCGAGGACGACGCAGGCCUGCUUGGCUACCGUCUCGCACGGAUCGACCGUGUCGACGACCGCACCGCGCGUGUGCAGUUUGAUCACCCGUCGCUCAACAACAAAGUAGAGGUCGACGUCCCCGCAGGCCCGCAAGAGUACCUGUCCUUCCCCUUCGCGAACCCCGAGUUCCUGUCGUUUGUCCCCAGCACGCGAUUCAUGGGCUUGCUCACGUCCCUCCUCCAAGUACACGCGCUGGGUUUCGACAUCUCGUACGCGCCCCCGGCGCUGCCGUCUACCGCGUCGUGCUCGACGACGACGCUCGUACGCACGUUCGCGGCCGUGCUCGGGUACGAGCUCGAGGACGUGCACAUGUACAAGGAGCUCGGCGGACGUGAGCUCGUCAUGCGGCGGAAGAUCGAGGCAGACGGGGGCGCGACGACGUGGGAGCCGGCGCCGCUUAUCGAGGGGGCUUGGAUGGGCAGACUGGUGCAUCUCGCGGGGCUGGACGUGAUUGGGUCGACGGCAGGCUCGCUUGCGAGGCUGGUGCAGGAUCGGGAAGUGGAGUUGUGGGAGACGAAGCGUAUCGUGCGGCGUAUUCUGGAUGGGGAGGCGCCUUCGCCGGACCUGUCCGUAGCGCACACGUCCUUCCGCGUGAUCAGCACCGCGUCCAAGUCGCUGCCUUUGAAGGACUGGCUCGGAGACGAGCACGCGAACAUGUUCUUCGCCGUCCCCGCGCAGCCCAUGUCGCAUGCUGAAGAGGCACACAUUCUCCUCCAGACAGGCUGUCCGUCUCGCGUCGUCGACACGCUCCUUGCGUUCGCAGAUAGGUAUAGGACCAGCAUGACGUCGGACGCGGUACAGAAGAAUCGGAAGCUCGGCACGCGCGCGCUCCUGCGCAUCGCACGGCGCGUCGCACAGUUCCCCGCAGCGGGCGAUGGCGCGGGUGGUGGAGAGACAGAGGGCACGGGCACGGACCUGCAUGUGCUCCUCAGCCGCGCAGUGCUUGCGGAGUUCCUGCCCGCGACGGAGGCGAUGAACCUGCGGAACAUCUUCGAGGAGACCGGGAUCAGGAAGCGGACUCCAGCGUUCAAUCCUCCACCCGAAGUACGCGACGGCGGCGUGUGGUUCCCACCUGCCAGCGGUCCGCAGGGCAAGGAUGCCGCCGCCACAUUCAUUCCCUUCUUCGACCGCAAACAGGAUCCCGAAGGCGUGUCGCAUAUCCCGUAUAUGGAUCAUUUCUACGACAAUAGCCUGCAGACUGGCUUGAUGCGUGAUCUAGCGAUAGACCUAGAGGUGUUAGGCGAGCAUUUGGUUUUGCUAGGUAAUCAGGGAGUUGGCAAGAACAAGAUCAUCGACCGCCUGUGUCAGCUCCUGGGCCGCCCUAGAGAGUAUAUUCAGCUUCAUAGAGAUACCACAGUCAAUCAGCUAAUGUUCCAAACCGUACUGGAGAACGGCGUCAUUCGGUACACCGACUCGCCACUCCUCCGCGCAAUCAGCCUUGGUAGAGUCAUUGUGAUAGACGAAGCGGACAAGGCUGCAGAGCACGUCGUAGCCAUCUUCAGGAGUCUCGCGGGCCAUGGUCAGCUUACGCUCGCCGACGGCCGACGUGUACGGCACAUCAAGGAGCGCGACGGAGACAUUGUGGUUCACCCCAACUUCCGCCUCAUUCUCCUCGCGAAUCGUCCGGGAUAUCCUUUCCUUGGGAACCAUUUCUUGCAAGUGCUCGGCGACAACUUCUGCUGCCACGCAGUCACCAACCCGGAUAUGGCGAGCGAGAGGAAGCUCCUCUCCCAGCUAGCGCCUCAGAUCAGUGAGGACAUGAUCCUUCGGCUGGUGGCUGCGUUCCAGGACCUUCGGCGCGCUUAUGACGCUGGUACCGUGACAUACCCGUAUUCGCUCCGAGAGCUGCUGAACCUCGUCCGCCAUAUGCAAGCAUACCCGAACGAUUCACUAGAGGCGGCAUUGCGUAACGUUUUCGACUUCGACAUCUACAAGCCGGAGACAAUCUCCAAGCUUGCGGACAUCUUGGAUCACAACGGGCUGGUAGUCAAGAAGCUCGGUAUCAACGCGGCGAGGGAGGUGACCGAGAAGAAGGUCCUUGACUUGAAGUUUGAGCCGAAGGGCGAUACUAGCCUUAAGGAGCCAAAGUUCGGCAAAGAAGACCCUGAUAAUGAAGCGCACACCGGUGGUAACACCUGGGCCGGAGGAACUGGUGGGCGCGACACGGCAGGUCUGGGGGGUCGAGGAGGAUAUAUGCGCCUAUUCAAAGGCCACGAUAUAAACCAGGUCUCCGAUGCUCUCAAGAACGACGUUCCCGAUCAUGUCAAGGAGCAAGCGCGUGAAAUGGCUCGUCAAGAGCUAGCGAGACGCCUUGAGGAGCUCAACAUGAGCUCUGGGGAGGCAAAACUCUACGGCUCUUUACUCGCUGCCGUCGAAGGUCACAUCACCCAGUUGCAUGACCUACUUGAAAAUCUCGCUGCGCGUGAAGAGGAACGCGUUUGGGUGAAGCGGCAGACGGACGGGGAGCUCGACGACAGUCGUCUGACCGAAGGCUUAACAGGCGAAGCGACUGUGUACAAGCGGCGCGGUAUGGCGAAGCCCGAAUUAGGUCGCCCGCAGUUGAAGCCGAAGCGGAUCCGCUUCUUAUUCGAUGUUAGCGCGUCUAUGUACCGCUUCCAAGCCGAUGGUCGUCUCAAACGCAGCAUGGAAACAGCCGUGAUGUUGAUGGAGACCUUUGAUAGGCUCACGCGAAAGGAGAAAUACGUGUGGGAUAUUUACGGCCACUCCGGUGAUUCCGCCGAGAUGCCCUUGGUCGAGGCGGACAAGCCGCUAGAAUUGAGGGAUAGGUGGAAAGUCGUAGACAAGAUGGAAAUGAUCACCCAGUAUACCUUUGCCGGAGACUACACACUGGAAGCGAUCGACAAAGCAGUCGCGGAAGUCGCCAAGUUUGAUGGAGAUGAAUACUUCGUCAUCGCUCUGACAGACGCUAAUUUCGCCCGAUACAACAUUACCGCCGAGGAAAUUCAGCGCGUCAUGAAUCGCAAUCCCAAAGUACAUACGGCGCUGAUCUGCAUUGGCGAAGGUGCCGAAGCUGCAUGGAUACCGAAGAACCUGCCUGGACGAGGUUAUCGGGUUUCCAACACGGCAGACAUUCCGGCUGUGUUUCGGAGUAUCCUGUCAACGAUGGUCGACCGCUGAUUACCACACGUUGCUAGCGAUCUCUUUCUACUCGAGAGUGUCACGAGUUGCAGAAUGUCACGCAUGCAAUUGCACAUCCGAACUCAUGGAUCAUGCUCGUCUUGAGU